AUGUGCUACUCUACUUAUCUCAUUUUUUCACAAUACAUUAUCAGCAAUAAGGGAGAUGGUAUGUUGAUUUCUUAGAAAUAGUUAAAAAAUUUAUUUAAUUUUUAAGCCUAGACCUGUAAAGAGGUAAGGCCGAUAGAAAUGGUUUCCGAGCCAGGUCUGACCAACAUUUGGUCGGGCCGGGCUUUUUGAUAGUUCGGUAGGCUUUAUCCCGCAGGUCAGGCUCAAAAAUCGACCCAGCCUCGCCGUAAAGCCAGGUCUACAGGUCGGACCCAAUUUUUGGCCUUGCCUAUAAGCCAGGCUUUGUUUGGGCCCCUUUAAGUCUACUUAAUCCUAUCUGUUAGUAGCUAGUCUAAAACUUCCUUUCCAGAGUGUGUUUUAAAGAGCACUAGUAAUAUCACGCAAAAAAACAGUAGAAAUUGCCAUAAAACGUGUGUAUCAGAGAAUGAAAUGCUAGCUAUGAACAGCGACCCACUACCAGAAGUAUCUUCUUCCUAUGACAGGAUAUGUGAAGGCGGAGAUGCUGAAAAUUGUGUUAAACCUUUUUUACCAGUCGAUAACAAUAGACAGUUUAAGGUAAGUAAUGAUUUCUUAGUAACCUGUCAUCUUGUUUGUCCUAUAGGUCUUGUUUUAAAAGCCGAAUGAUAUUUUGGUGCAAUUCCAUAUAUUGAGCGUACUGUAACUCGGCAGCCGAGUUAGUAAUUUUUAAAAAUGUUUUUUUUGGUAACUGUUUAUGUUUUUUCAUUCUAUAUAGGUAUUUUUCUAAAAAAACCCGACGGUUGCUUAGUGCAACUUCUUUGUUAGUAUUGUUUUAUUUGUUGUAACUAUUUGCAACUUUUUUAUCUGACGAUUUAAAUCUUGUUAAAAGCAACCUUAUCGUAAUUACAGGACAUGAAAACACACAAAAUAAUUAUGUGCUCAAUCCCAAAGACAGGUUCUACUUUGCUCUACGCUAUCAACUGUUUACUGAAUGACGAACUGGGCUUUUUCUAUAAUCAAAAAAAGAUUUUUGGCAAUUUUGACGCAAAGUAAGUUAACAAAGUUUUCAGAAUUUAUCUUAUAUUAAGAUAAACCAAAAAGAGCCGGUCACUUACUGUUUAUUUUUUAAUCAAGAAUAAUAAAAGGUUAUAAAUAAUUUUACAAGUUGUCAAUUAACAAUCGAAUUUUCAACAUUUCCAAUUUAGUAAUUGCCUGAAGAACUCAAGAUGGACAAUGGAAGAAGCUGCUGAAGUCCAUGGUCCAGAAGUUUAUGAUUGGACUAAGCUAACGGUCGUACGAGAUCCAAUCGACCGUUUCCUGAGCGCUUUUGUAUUUGCUUGCAUCAAAGGCUACGAAAAGCCUGAUAAAUGCCAACAUGAAUGUAAUGGCUGCGGUUACAAUUUCACUUGUUUUGUCGAAAAAGAGUACAAUAUGUUGAUGCGGUUCAAUCGUGGAGAUUACGCUGUCAGCUUCCUAUUACAACACACAUGGCCCCAGAACUGGUGGUGUGAUAUGGGCAAAUAUCGACAUGUCAGUUUAUUUUAUUAG